GUCAGGAUACAGCCCGACACCAUGUUUUUUCACCUGUGGAAAGACCUCCCAGUCCCUUUCUACUUCUCAAUCUAUUUGUUCGAGGUGCUCAAUCCGGAUAAAGUUCUUGUGGGUAUGAAGCCAGCAGUACAGCAACGUGGACCUUACGUCUACAGGGAAUACAGGGAGAAAAACAAUAUCACCUUCCACGAAAAUGGUACCGUCUCCUACCGGGAGUACCGGCAUUUCCACUUCCAGCCGGACAUGUCAAACGGGACAGAAGAGGAUUAUGUUUUGAUACCGAACGUCUUGGUGCUGGGAGCGGCGGUGAUGAUGGCGGAUUUCUCAGCUCCUGUGCAGGUAGCGGUCAGCACUGCUUUCGCCUUCUUCAAGCAGAAAGCCUUCAUGAACCGGACGGUUGGAGAGAUCUUGUGGGGGUACAAAGACCCCCUCAUCACGAUCCUGAACACCAUCAAGCCUGGCUUGCUUCCUUUCGGUGACCAGUUUGGCUUAUUUGUCGGGCUCAACAACACUGAUAUGGGCCUGUUCACGGUGAACACAGGUGUUGAUGACAUUUCCAAAGUCCAUAUGGUGGAUACCUGGAACGGAUUAAAAAAGGUGUCGUAUUGGAGGUCCGAUCAGUGCAACCAGAUCAACGGAACUAGUGGGGAAUUGUGGCCUCCUUUUAUGACUCCUUCUUCACCGGUAGAGUUCUACAGUCCUGACGCAUGCAGAUCCUUAAAACUUCAGUUCGAAGCGCCUGGGAAAAUCAAAGGAAUACCGACAUACCGUUAUGUGGCUCCUAAGACGAUGUUUGCAAACGGAACAGACUAUCCACCAAACGAAGGCUUCUGUCCCUGCCGGCAGUCCGGAAUCAUGAACGUGAGCUCCUGCCGGCUAAAUGCACCAAUGUUCCUUUCCCAACCUCACUUCUACAACGCUGACCCGGAGCUGCUGGAGACGGUGGAUGGCCUGCACCCCAGUGAAGAGAAGCAUGGUUUAUUCCUGGAACUGCACCCGUUGACUGGAGCGCCAAUUAACGUGUCUGUCGGACUGCAGAUAAGCCUCUUUAUAAAGCGAGUCCCCCUCAUCAGUCAAACAGGACGCAUCAAUACAGUUGUGCUGCCUUUGGUGUGGUUUCAAGAGCGUGGAGAGAUUGACGGAGAACUCUUAAACCAGUUCUACAUUAUUUUAGUGCUGAUCCCAGCUGUGCUGGGAUAUCUACAGUACUGUGUUCUUGGCCUCGGUGGUGUCCUGCUAAUAACUAGUGCUUUCCUUUGGCUCCGGAGCAAGGUCUCCAAGACUCAGGUCUCAUCUUUGGCAUUCCUGGGCAACGUUGACCGAGACAUCUGUAAGGCGGCUACUUUGUCGACUCGGUCGGUGUUCCUGAAGCACUACUCCAUAGAUGUAGACUCCAGGAAUGAUGCGUCUCCGCAAGGUGCUGGGCGUGUUUCGGCCGAGGAGAUCCACCGUGGCUACCACAAGGCCUCCCUGCAGGUGCACCCGGGCCAUGCCAACCUGGAGGACAAGGCGAAAGCCACCCAGCACUUCCAACUUGCAAACUGGUUGCGCCGAACGUUACCGACUGGCUGCGGGGAGGGACGGCUGACGCGCAUCCCAGUUUACGGCCUCUAG